CUUGGUGACUCUCAAGCAAAGAACUCUCUUCCUAACCCUGACUCAGAAGAGGGACACAUGAAGAAGAGUUCAGGAUCAACACUCUUUUAGUGUGUCUUUGUGAAAAAUAACUUUUAGAAGCCUAGAUAUAAUCAUUUUUGCCUCCCAUUGGAGAUAGAGAUUCAGCCUAAAUGGCCUUUCAGGACCUUCUUAUUCAUGUUGGCAGCCUAGGGAAGUUCCAGAUCCUUCAGAUGGCUUUCCUUCUGAUCUGCAGUGGCAUGGUGCUUCCUCACACUCUUUUGGAGAACUUUACAGCAGCCAUCCCUGGUCAUCGCUGCUGGGUCCACAUCCUUGACAAUGUCACUGUCUCUGACAAUGAGAGUGGAACCCUGAGCCAAGAUGACCUCCUGAGGAUCUCCAUCCCACUGGACUCCAACUUGAAGCCAGAGAAAUGCCGUCGCUUCGUCCAACCACAAUGGCAUCUCCUUCAUCUAAAUGGAACCUUCUCCAAUGUGACAGAGCCAGACACAGAGCCCUGUGUGGAUGGUUGGGUGUAUGACAGAAGCACCUUCCUCUCCACCACUGUGACCCAGUGGGACCUGGUUUGUGGAUCUCAGGCACUGAAUUCAGUGGCUAAAUUUAUAUUCAUGAUUGGCAUUUUUAUAGGACAUAUCAUAGGUGGCCAUUUAUCAGACAGGUUUGGGAGGAAGUUCGUUUUCACAGGUGCUUUACUGCAAAUGGCCAUCAGUGAAACCGGUGCGGCCUUUGCUCCCACCUUCCUCGUCUACUGCUCGUUUCGCUUCCUGGCAGGAAUUUCUUCCUCUUCCAUGAGGACAAACAGUGUGUUGCUCAUAUUAGAAUGGACAAGCCCUGAAUUUCAAGCUUUGAUAAUGGCACUGGCAUUUUGUGCUGGGGGAAUUGGACAGGUAAUAUUGGGAGGUCUGGCUUUUGCAAUUCGAAACUGGCACCAUCUCCAGUUGGCAAUGUCUGCACCACUGUUCUUCUUCCUUAUUCCCACAAGGUGGCUGUCAGAAUCAGCUAGGUGGCUGAUCGUGACCAACAAACUCCAAAAGGGCUUAAAGGAACUUAGAAAAGCUGCAUGCAAGAAUGGGAUGAAGAGUUCUGGAGAUAUCCUAACCAUGGAGGUUGUGAGAAACACCAUGAAAGAGGAACUGGAGGUGGCACAGACAAAGCAUUCCCCACUGGAUGUGUUCCGAACGCCCAACCUACGUAAGCGCAUCUGUCUCCUGUCCUUUGUGAGAUUUGUGUCAUUGAUAUCUGUUUCGGGACUGCUUACCCACUUCCAAUACCUGAGCAGUAAUGUGUUCCUACUGCAAUGUCUUUAUGGUAUGCUGUCCAUCCCAGCCAAUGUUCUUGGAAAAUUUUCAAUUAACCACAUUGGCCGCAGAACAACCCAAAUGAUUUUCAUGUCUCUGUUGGGAAUCUCCAUUUUGGCCACCAUAUUUUUGCCUCAAGAAAUGCAGACCCUGCGAACAAUUUUGACAACACUGGGGGGAGCAAUUUCUUCUGCCUCUAUAACGAGCACUCUUGUGCAUGCAAAUGAGCUAGUCCCCACUGUAAUCAGGGCAACUGCUUUAGGAGUCAUUGGAAUUGCUGGCAGUGCUGGAGCAGCCCUGGCUCCCCUCUUUAUGAUCCUCACCAUGUACUCUGCUUCCUUGCCCUGGAUCAUCUAUGGGGUCCUCCCCAUCAUUGGUGGCCUUGUUGCCCUUCUCCUUCCUGAGACCAAGAAUCAGCCUCUGCCUGACUCCAUCCAAGAUGUGGAAAAUGAGAGGAAAAGCUCAAGAGAGGCAAAGAAGGAUGUUGUUGCCAAAGUGACACCACUUUAAAGAAUUCUAACAACUGACCUCUGAUCAAGGGAAAAAAUGAAGAAAAAUAUCAUCACAAUACAAUACUCUAGGAUUGUUCUUAACUGUUAGCAAAAUUUUUCCAUAUAAACCAUAUGUUAAAAUAGUGAGCUAAAUUAAAAUUACUAUACCAGUUAUCUAUAUAUAAAAUAACUAUAAUAAAUCACAGCAAGAAAUUUGAAGAAAAUCAUAAUAUAUUGAAGAAAUC